AUGCUGUCACGGUCCGCCAUCAGUCGAAAUGCGCCCCGUGCGCUCCAGAGCGCUGCCAGCCGUCGGGGCAUGGCUUCUGCAGCUACCCCCGGUCUUCAGUACGAUGUUUCCGAGUCCUCUGGCGUGAAGGUUGCCAACAGAGAGCCUGCUGGCGUCACUGGUACUCUCGCCUUGGUUGCGAAGGCCGGUACCCGCUACCAGCCUUUCCCUGGUUUCUCCGAUGCUCUUGAGCUCUUCGCUUUCCAGUCUACACUCAAACGCUCGGCGCUGCGGAUCACUCGGGAGGUUGAGCUGCUGGGUGGUGAAUUCUCCUCGACACAUUCCCGUGAGAAUGUUGUUCUCAAGACCAAGUUCCUUGCGAACGACCUUCCUUACUUUGUCGAGCUUUUGGCGGAGGUUGCUUCUCAGACUAAGUACCCUAGCUACGAACUCAACGAGAUCAUCGCCAAGCUCUUGAAGCUCAGGCAGGUUGCUAUUGCCAACGAUUCUGAGGCUGUCGCUGUCGAUGCCGCCCAUGGUGUUGCCUUCCACCAGGGUCUCGGUGAGACCAUCACUCCCUCCGCCCACGCCCCUUACGAGAAAACCCUCUCAGCUGAGGCUGUCGCCGAGUUCGCAAAGAACGCCUACGCCAAGUCAAACAUCGCCCUCGUAGGCAGUGGUAUCAGCUCUGCGGAGCUUUCGAAGUGGGUCGGUGAUUUCUUCAAAGAUCUCCCCAGUGCCGGCACCUCUGGCCAAUACCAGCUCAAGUCCAACUCUCCUUCCAACUACCACGGCGGUGAGCAGCGUAUUUCCACCAAGGCUGGCAACUCAGUUGUGAUUGCCUUCCCUGGCACCAGCGCCUUCGGCACAUCUGCUUACAAGCCCGCUGCUUCCGUCCUCGCUGCUCUCCUCGGCGGUGAGUCCUCUAUCAAGUGGACUCCUGGCUUCUCGCUUCUCGGCCAGGCCACCCAGGGCUUCAACCAGCUUCGCGUCUCGACCAAGAACUACGCGUACUCCGAUGCCGGUCUUCUUACCGUUACCCUGAGCGGCAAGGCCAACCAGGUCGCCUCCGCCGGUAAGAGCGUUGUCGAGGCUCUCAACAAGGCCGCCGCCGGCGAGAUCCCCGCCGACGAGAUCAAGAAGGCCACCGCUCUCGCCAAGUUCCAGGCUCUUGAGUCAGCUCAGACUCUCGCCACUGGCCUUGAGGCUACCGGUUCUGCUCUCAUCAACGGCAGCAAGCCCUACCAGAUCGGCGAGGUCGCCCAGAGCGUCGACAGCGUCACCGAGGCUCAGGUUAAGGAUCUAGCCAAGUCCCUCCUCUCUGGAAAGGCCUCCGUCGCCUCCGUCGGUGAUCUCUCCCAAAUCCCAUACGCCUCCGACCUCGGUCUCACCGUCUAA